AUGUAUAAGAAAGCACGACUAGAUGCCCAACUUGCUCAUGCGCAAUCGUUAGCUGAUGACCCGCAACAUGAACUCCGACGCAAAGCUGGAUUGGAACUGAGACAGUUUCUUCUAGACAAAUUCUGCACAGAAGGGAUGCCUGGUUCUGACGUAGCUCUGUUAUCCCAUUACAUCACCCAAGCUGGCGGCCUGGGAGUCAGUGAUCUUGCGCUGAACCCAUCUUCGGCCUCAAAGAAUGGGCAUCGACAUGUUCAGAAGCAUGCAGGAAAAAUUUACGAUGACAUUGACCUGGCUUACAUUGACUGCCCUGCCUACAUCAAGCGGAAUGCCACUCGAACUUGUGAGAAAAUUCCCAUUUACUUGCCGUCCCAAGCUUUCAGAGAUCAUAUCACGGAUGACAUGGUUUACUGCCACCCACGGAAAGAUUUUGAAAAAGUGAUUGGGGGCUUGGAUUGCUACAACGAGCACCCUGUCGUUCUUAGAGCAAAAGCUGAAGGUUUCAAGACCAAAGUUCGACCGCUAGCUCUAUACUGGGAUGGGCCUGCACCCCUUGCUGGAGCCUGCGUGUCUGACCUCCAGGCUUUGGAGACUGCUCCAUUGGUUCGAUACGCGGUCCUGGACAUCCAGGGUGAUUGGCCAGCAUUUUUACAAGUAUUGGACGUCAGCACAAUUGAGAUGCGAACCAAGAUCUAUCAGAAAUUGCAGUACAAGAAAAAGUACCGGGGCCGAACCCUUGUGAAAGACUUGCCGGAAUUUGGGCUGAAAAAAUUCAGUCGGCUGAUGCCUACACCUACUCUGCCUGAUGUAGCUGCAUUCGAAUUCACAGAUGUGCCAUUUCAAUGCCACUGGUGGGCGGGGCAUGUAGAUGGAAGGCUACUACACGAUUGCCCUUUGCUCAAACUAGCUGGAGUUGGGUUGCAGACAUGGAGCCUCGACAUUCUCCACGGCUGGCAUCUAGGCCCUCUACAGUUACUUGUUAGCUUAGCUCUGAAUUAUUGUCUUGACUCCAAUUUGUGGGCACCGCAAACUGAUGGUCUGGAUGCUAAAGACAAACGCCACCUGUCACUUCUCGCUGUCAAAGCAGAACUGUUCCAAUUCUACAAAGAGAAGCGGAAGGAUCCAGAUUGGGUUGGGAAAUCUUCGGAAGUCUGGAACCUGACUUUGACUAUGCUUGGCACCUACGACAAUCCGAGCCUGCAUGCGAAAGCUGCUGAAUCGCAUGGUCUCGCAAAGUUUGUUUGCCACCUGCUUGAGACGCACAUGGAUACUUUCACAUCCCGGAUGCCAGAAAACAUGGCAAGGAAGGGGAAAUAUCUUUUUGAGGCUGCAAAAGCAGCAAACAAACUGGAUACAGUGUUUAGUGCUGAAUCUAAAACGUUUUCAAGAAAACAAGUGCAGGAAGCAUUGGGGACAUACCUUAGGUUUUUGCGGUUCUACAGCAAAGCUGAUGGACCCAUUACCCCAAAGUGUCACUUUAUGAUUCACCUUAUUCAGCGUGCGCUUUUCAAAGGAAACCCACGCAAAUACAGCACGUACAGGGAUGAAUCCUUCAAUGGAUUAAUAGCCAAGAUUGCAAGGGCAUGCCACAGGAGGACUUGGGCAAAUGUGAUUCACUGGAAAUGCCAAGGUUUGCACAAGAAGCACCGCGAUCUGGCUACCGCCAAGAUGUUUCAAAAAGUCGCUGACUACAUUUAUCGUGCUGAGAAUCGAAACUUUGUGUGGGAAUCCCUACUCAUUAGAAAUUUGUUGGUUCCAAUUGGCUGGCUGCCGUCCCAUAACAUCUCAUAUCGAAGCUCUGCCCCAAGCCUGCCUAGGGUAGCGAAAGCAUCCAUGCCAUGGCAUUCGAUCACAAUGUUCGAAUAG